AAAGCGGGCCCUGCUAGCCCUGCGACUCGGAACUCGGUGGUCUUGGAGGAUCGGCAGGACGGGGGCGAAGAUGGCGGGAGAGGAGUUCCUCAACACAACUCAGGAAAGUUUCAAUGUCACCCUCCACACCACCCUGGUUGCCACGACGAAACUGGUGCUUCCGACCCCGGCCAAGCCCAUCCUACCUGUGCAGACGGGGGAGCAGGCCCAGCAGGAGGAGCAGUCAAGUGGCAUGACGAUUUUCUUCAGCCUCCUCGUCCUAGCUAUCUGCAUCAUAUUGGUGCACUUACUGAUUCGAUACAGAUUACAUUUCUUGCCAGAGAGUGUUGCUGUUGUUUCUCUAGGUAUUCUCAUGGGAGCAGUCAUAAAAAUUAUAGAGUUUAAAAAACUGGCAAAUUGGAAGGAAGAAGAAAUGUUCCGUCCAAAUAUGUUUUUUCUUCUGCUGCUUCCACCUAUUAUAUUUGAGUCAGGAUAUUCAUUACACAAGGGUAACUUCUUUCAAAACAUUGGUUCCAUCAUCUUGUUUUCUGUUUUUGGUACAGCAAUUUCCGCUUUUGUAGUAGGCGGAGGAAUUUAUUUUCUGGGCCAGGCUGAUGUAAUCUCUAAACUCAACAUGACAGACAGUUUUGCGUUUGGCUCCCUGAUUUCUGCUGUCGACCCAGUGGCCACCAUCGCUAUUUUCAACGCGCUCCACGUGGACCCGGUGCUCAACAUGCUGGUUUUCGGAGAGAGUAUCCUCAACGACGCGGUGUCCAUCGUCCUGACCAACACAGCUGAAGGUUUAACAAGAAAAAAUAUGUCAGAUGUCAGUGGGUGGCAAACAUUUUUACAAGCCCUUGGCUACUUCCUCAAAAUGUUCUUUGGCUCGGCCGCGCUCGGCACUCUCACCGGCUUAAUCUCUGCACUAGUGCUCAAGCACAUUGACUUGAGGAAAACGCCUUCCUUGGAGUUCGGCAUGAUGAUCAUUUUCGCGUAUCUUCCUUACGGGCUCGCGGAAGGAAUCUCCCUCUCGGGCAUCAUGGCCAUCCUGUUCUCCGGCAUCGUGAUGUCCCACUACACACACCAUAACCUGUCCCCGGUCACCCAGAUCCUCAUGCAGCAGACCCUGCGGACCGUGGCCUUCCUGUGCGAAACAUGUGUGUUUGCGUUUCUUGGCCUGUCCAUUUUUAGUUUCCCUCACAAGUUUGAAAUUUCCUUUGUCGUCUGGUGCAUAGUGCUUGUGCUGUUCGGCAGAGCGGUGAACAUUUUCCCUCUCUCCUACCUUCUGAAUUUCUUCCGUGAUCAUAAAAUCACCCCGAAGAUGAUGUUCAUCAUGUGGUUCAGUGGCCUGCGGGGUGCCAUCCCCUACGCCCUGAGCCUGCACCUGGACCUGGAACCCAUGGAGAAGCGGCAGCUCAUCGGCACCACCACGAUCGUCAUCGUGCUCUUCACCAUCCUGCUGCUGGGCGGCAGCACCAUGCCCCUCAUCCGCCUCAUGGACAUCGAGGACGCCAAGGCGCGUCGCCGGAACAGGAAGGACGUCAACCUCAGCAAGACAGAGAAGAUGGGCAACACCGUGGAGUCGGAGCACCUGUCGGAGCUCACGGAGGAGGAGUACGAAGCCCACUACGUCAGGCGGCAGGACCUCAAAGGCUUCCUGUGGCUGGACGCCAAGUACCUGAACCCCUUCUUCACACGUCGGCUGACCCAGGAGGACCUCCACCAUGGGCGCAUACAGAUGAAAACCCUCACCAACAAGUGGUACGAAGAGGUGCGCCAGGGCCCCUCUGGCUCCGAGGACGACGAGCAGGAGCUGCUGUGACGGAGCAGCACCUCUGCCUGGCCCCCAGGAUGGACACUCAGCAAGGGCAGCAGGGCACCUGCAUUUGGCGGCCCCUUCAGGGAAGAUGAGAGCCUGAGGCAGCCAAGGUGCUCGUCACCCGGACCGUGCAGGCCUGCAGAGCCAGCUGGCUUCUGAAACGCCAUCGCUCUUCUCCUCACCGAGCUGGACCUCUGCUUGCAGCGUGGCUCCCAGCUUGCAGGUCAGAGGGAACACCUGUCUAGGUAGAAGUCUCCUUUUGCUUCUGUAGCCGAGGCAAACAGUCAUAUGUCCAGCUGAGGCCCCGAGAGGAGGAGCCCUGCUGUGGAAGCUGCCCUGACUGGGUGUCCUUGGGCGCUGGUUUGCAGUCCACCAUGCCCAGCUGCUGCCACCACCGAGACCCCAGGAGCCAGCUGGGCGAGGAGCCAGCUGCCACUUGCCUCCUCAUCAUCAAGGCACCUGGGGCCUCGACGGCAGCAAGUCUGACCCAAGUGGCAGGCCCAGAAACCUUGAAAACCUCACACUCCCCUUGGUGAUGUUCCUUGUACACCCCGAGAAAGAAAAACCGAGUGACCUUUUUCUGCUGUACCUCUGGCUGGCACCUCACAGGCUGUCCCCCUGGGUGGCAGGCAGCCACCGCCUUCUCUGGGAAUACUGUGAAUGUUUACACUGGUAACCAGCACACCUGCGCAGGCCCUUCCCCUGAGCCCCUGUGGAAGCUGCUGGGGCUGGGGCUGGGGCUGGG